GCACUGCGGCUGCGUGCGCGGCGCCGAGCGCGUAGCAGCAGCAGCAGCAGCGUCUCCUCGAGAAGGAGUAGUUUUCCAUUUGUCUGCCGGCAGCGGCAGCGGCGGCGGGAGGCCGCGGCUGAGUGCCGCCAUGUUGCUGUCCGUUCCUUUUCGGGCUGCCUUCGCGCGUUCGGGUUAUGGGUUUGAGCCCCACAUUGGGUGAAAUAUUCCUGCAUUGCACGUUGGACUAGAUGACCCCCAUGGACCCUUCCAACACUACAAUUCUAUGAUUCUAUGAUCAGAUCAAAGGUGGCACAGAUUCGCUCUCUUCAUGCAACAGCUGCACGCAAUGGUGGUGGAGGAGCUUUGUUUGUGCACAGAGAUACUCCUGAAAACAACCCAAAUACUCAAUUUGAUUUCACACCUGAAAACUGUAAGCGAAUAGAGGCAAUAGUAAGCAACUAUCCAGAGGGACACAAAUCUGGAGCAGUGAUGGCAGUCCUGGAUCUAGCCCAAAGACAGCAUGGAUGGCUACCUAUAUCAGCGAUGAAUAAGAUUGCUGAGAUUCUAGAUAUACCUCCCAUGAGAGUUUAUGAAGUAGCAACCUUUUAUACAAUGUAUAAUCGUAAACCCGUUGGAAAAUACCAUAUUCAGAUCUGCACCACUACGCCCUGCAUGCUGUGUGACUCGGAUAGCAUAUUAGAAGCCAUUCAGAAGAAGCUUGGUAUAAAAGUUGGAGAAACAACUCCUGAUAAACUCUUCACUCUGAUUGAAGUGGAAUGUUUGGGGGCUUGCGUAAAUGCACCAAUGGUACAAAUAAAUGAUAACUAUUAUGAAGAUCUGACAACAAAAGACAUAGAAGACAUAAUUGAUGAACUAAAAGCUGGAAAAGUUCCAAAACCUGGACCAAGGAGUGGGCGCUUCUCUUGUGAGCCAGCUGGUGGUCUCACUUCUCUGACAGAACCACCCAAGGGACCUGGUUUUGGAGUUCGGCCAGACCUUUAAGUCUAUUGUUCUAGCUGUAAGGAACUGCUUCAGAAAAUAAAAUUGAACUGCAUACAGAUGAAACAUGAGUUCAGUUGCUAACAGUCUGGUAUAAUUUUACUUUAGUAUAGUUACUCACCUGAGAUUAAAAUUCAAGUUUUAUUAUUGUUUAUAUUUAUUCAUUUUGUUAUAGGCAAAUGGAAAAUGGAAGAGUCAUCCCCAAACCCGGGCUAUUCUAACCCAAAUAACAACACUUUAUAUCAAUUUUACACAAAUUUGAAAUUAAAAUAAGAACAAAAUAAAGUAUCUUUAAAAAGCU